ACUCAUGGACGGAGCAUCUCAUGUGUGUCUGUGUCUUCUCUCCGAGUCCAGGUGACCUGGGCUGUCGACGAGGUGACGCUGCAGAAUCCUCCACAGGAGCCUCGUCCACACCAUCCUCUGAAGGUCCUUUACUCCUGCGAUGAAGAAGGAGCCUCAGUGCAUCUGGACUGUGUCGUCGUCUUUGACACUGGCGUCGUUUCCACACUGCGGCUCAGGCGGUGGCGCUGCGUCCCCGGCGACGCUAAGACCAGGACUGUGCGGCUGAACCUGCCGGACUGGCUGGUGUACCAGGCUGAUGGGAUUGUUCCAGACUCUCAGUGGGUGUUGAGCUGUAUGCUGAGGGCCUCGCUCAGGUACAGCAAAGAUGAGGAUGAUGAGGAUGAUGAGGAUGAUGUUGCAGCUCAGGCUGUGGCAGAUUUGCAGCCCAGGCCUUUUUUCAGUCGACCUGUCAAACAACACCAACUCUGCUUUGACUGGAGCCAAGAGAUGCAGCGAUUAAAUCAGGGCUUUUUAAGGAAACAGUGUGCUCUGGAGAAAGAAACCGUGCGUCUGCUGUCGUCCAUUUUUGCUUCGACUGGAGAGAACUUUGGCGUCACCAGGACGUUGAGCCCUCACAGCAGCGACGUGCUGGAGAAUUUACGUUUAAAGGCCGUCUUAUUCCCGUGGUGUUUGAUCUCCAUGUGGAUAUUUGUGAGCAGACACUGCCAGGACACCUUGUGCGGAGUGUUUCAUCACAUCGACUCUGGCAAUAACUACAUCACACCCACUCUGCUCCUCACUAACUCAGGUGAGCUGCACAUCCAGCUGAGUGGAGAGUCUGGACAAUCGUCCGCCUUCCUCUCCAUGUUCAAGGUGCCUCUGAGUGAGUGGUGUCAGCUCAGUUUGACGCUUCAGGGGAGAACAGUGACCUUGUCCAUGCUGUGCAUGGGUCAGCAACAGAGAACGGCCGUAUCGAAAGAGUACGAGCUGAGACACACGGUGAGACUGGACGACACGGAGGGAUAUUUUGUGAUCGGAGGAGGGAAAUUUGUCAAAGGUGUUGAAGGCUAUUUUGGACCCGUGGUUUACUAUCGUCACAGAAUAUCACAUCCCAGUGAGUCUGACUCUGUGAUUCCAGACGUGAUCAGAGACGUGAACCUCGACACAUGGGCACGGACGUGUCGAGCGUUUCGUCUGGAGAUAAACACAAAGAUCAGUGGCUACGCUCUCCACGCCAGACAGUCUGAGACUUGUCCUGAUGUUUUUCAUGAGUGGACGAUGAAGGACAGACGUCCAUCACAGUCCCAGUGUGAGCAGUGGGAGACAACUGUGCCCCGAAGACGACGAGCAGCCAAACUGUCCAAGAUAUUAGUUUUUAAACAUGGAGGAAAAAGAGUGAGUCUGUCCUCUGUGGGUCGAGCUCUGUUCACGUUAUCUCUGCGUAAACUGGACAGCGUUGCAGCGGUCAGCAGGGUUCUCCCUCUGCUGCUGCAGGCCGGCUGUUUGUCUGACCACAGAGCUCUGCACAUGGCGUCUGUGCUCUACAGCAGCGGCUUCGGAGUCAGGAAACAACUCAAUAAGGCGUGGCGUCUCUCUCUGUUGGCGGCUCAGGACCAAGACAGACUGUCUCUCCUGCGUCUCGGUCACCUGCAUCACCAAGGACUUCACGGUCUUCCCGCGGACACUGACGUGGCGUACGCUUAUUACGCAAACAUCGCCAAACAGACAACGAUUGACCGGCAGAAUCCUUCUCCAGAUCAGAAAUUUGUCGAGGCCGUUUACUUGAACAACGAGGAGGCGCUGAAACAUCAGACCAAAGAGAACCAUCAUCUGUUCCAGUGGCUGAAGCAUCAGGCUGGCAGAGGAGUCACUCAAGCUGAGCAUGCAGUGGCUCGCAUGCUGUUCUGGGGUCAGCAGGGAGUUGCUCCUGACAUCAGCAAAGCUGUGAAACAUUACGAGAGGGGAGCGGUUCAGUGGAAAGAUCCACAGUCCAUGUACGACUACGGCAUCGUCCUGCUGCAGGGACGUGGAGUCAGGAAGGACGUUCCAAAAGCUGUCACGUUCCUCAAGAAAGCAAUGGAGCAGGGUUUUGUUCCCGCCUUCAAUGCUCUGGCCUGGUAUUACGAGACCUUUGAGCAGGACUAUGAAAAAGCCGUGCAGCUGUGGGAACAGGCAGAUCUGCUCCAGAGUCCAGACGCUGCUCUGAACCUGGGGGUGAUGUAUUUACAGGGUCUCUAUCCAGGAAGAGCCGCCAACAAGUUCAUGGCGUAUAAGUAUUAUUUGAAGGCAGCAGAGCGAGGUCACAUCAGAGGAGCGUUUCUCCUGGCAGAAAUGUGGAGCACAGGUUUACCAGGCUUCGUCGACAGACGUCCUGCAGACGCUGUUCUGUGGGUGAAGUGGGCGUCGGAACACAACGGUCACUUGGGCAGUGUCUUAAGAAAAGCCUUGGAUUCGUAUCUCAUCGGCGACGUGUUCACCUCACUGUUGUAUUACCUGAUGGCGGCUGAGUCGGGAUACACGGUCGCACAAUUCAACGUGGCGUACAUCUGUGAACAAAACCCGGGAAGUUUUCUGUAUCCAGGUUUUGCCUCUCAGUGUAUGUGCAGAUAUUAUAAUCUGUCGCUGCAAAGUCAAAAACCAGACACUUACGCUUUUAUCAAAAUGGGUGACCUGUUCUACGAGGGUCAGGUCAAAGGUCAGAAGGACUUGUCGGCGGCGGCAGAGAUGUACAAACAGGCAGCGCUGAGGAAGCAGCCACAGGGAUGGUACAACCUGGGCCUCCUGACAGAAGAAGGGUACAGACUCCCUCUGUCACUGCUGACCGAGCUCGGCCUCUCAGAUUUGUUCCUGCUCGACCAAAGUCUGCUCCUGAGUGUUUUAUACCAACGAUGCAGAGACUCAGAGGGCACGGACUCCUACCUGCCGUGCAGCCUCGCCCUCUUCAAAGUCCAUCUUCAGUUGUUCCAAAAGGAACAUAGUGCUGCUAUUAAGAUCUCCAUCGCCGUUGCCAUGGUUGCGGCUCCAACAAUGUUCUUGCUCAUCCGCGGGGCGUUCAGGAGACGAGUUCUGUCUCCGUCGGAGCCGUGAGUCUCCUCAUCAGGCUCCAACAGAGGACAAAAAAAAACAACAACUGCAAAGUCACCGUCCACACACAGUGACGCGGCGAUAUCUCGUCAUCAUACACACAAAGACUGGGAUGGAUUAUUAUCACAGUGAUGGAUUGAGCUUGUUUUAUUUAAUCUGAAAUGUUUUGUAUUGUUUAACUUUAAAUUAACUCGACUGAACAAUAAAGAGCCUUGCUAAAGUGCUGUGUCAUGGUGUUUUCAGUGAGUUCAGAAACUGAGAUUUAGUGAAAUAAACCUGACUUUUAAACCCA